GACGUUUCAACUUCUGCAAGUGGUCUAUCCAUGCUUCAGUAAUCAAGAUCGUCGAUAUCAUGGUUCUUACUGUCAAUGAUCAAGACUGUUGAUAUCAUGGUUCUCGGUGUCCUUGACCCAUACAGCCAAAAUUCUCCAAUACCAAAAACUAUAAUACUUUGAUUAGGUGGCCAAAAAAUAGAUGGUUGAGAAAGAAAAAGUAACAACGUUUCACAUUCAACCAAAAACAAAACCCCACCUAUUCUAAAACUAGGAUCAAUGGACAGCUAAAGCUGGGCUCAUCUUAUAAACGGCUUCGAUCACCAAACAGUAGCACCCCACUUGUACAAACUGAGACCGGAACCCACCAUUCAAACUUUGUGCUUGUGCAUCGUUAUGCCUCUUCUAUAAAUCUCCCAAGCUUAAUCAAAACCAGAGCAAGAGAAAAAAAUGGCUCCCAAGACCUCAGAAAAACCCCAUGCAGUCUGCCUUCCUUUUCCCGCCCAAGGCCAUAUCACACCCAUGUUGCACCUCUCUAAGCUACUCCAUGCAAGAGGCUUCCAUAUAACCUUCAUCAACACCGAGUUCAACCAUCGACGUCUCAUCAAGUCAGGGGUCAUGGAUCCAACGGUCACGUUAGAUGGGUUCCGAUUCGAGACCAUUACAGACGGUCUACCAACGUCGGAUAUCGAUUCCACCCAAAACGUUAUUGAGCUCUCUGAGGCCACACAAAAAUACUGCCUGUACCCUCUAAGGCAGCUUAUAUUGAGACUCAAUGGAGACAUUGAUGGUGGGCUACCCGUAACUUGUAUGGUUGUAGAUGCGGCCAUGUGUUUCGCUCAACAGAUUUCAGAUGAGCUUGGUAUUCCUGAUGUAGUACUUUGGACAAUGAGUAACUGCAGCUUAUUGGCUUACCUCCAUUUCGAUGAGCUCAUACAACGGGGCUAUGUACCCUUGAAAGAUGUCAAUUGUUUAACCAACGGAUAUCUCGACACUCGCAUCGACUGGAUUCCAGCAAUGCCAGGCAUCCGUCUGAAGGAUUUUCCACCUUUCAUCAGAACGGUGGACCCCAACGAUUUCAUGCUCGGCUUCUGUAAACAGGCGGUUGAGCAAUUAUUGAAGGCUUCUGCAGUCAUUUUCAAUACAUUUGAAGAAUUGGAGUAUGAGAUAAUUGAAGCCACCAAGCAUAAAUUUAAGCUACAACGACCUUACACUAUAGGUCCUUUAUUCGCACUCUGUGAUCAGAUUCCAAAUACUAAGUUGAGUCCCCUGAAGUCGAAUCUAUGGAAAGAAGAUAUGGAAUGUAUGGAGUGGUUAGACAAGAGAGGUGAAGGUAAGGUUCUUUAUGUGAAUUUCGGUAGCAUUAUGGUUCUGACACCCGAGCAGUUGAAAGAAUUAGCUUGGGGCCUGGCGAAUAGUAACCAUCCAUUCAUGUGGGUCAUCCGGUCCGAUCUUGUAUCUGGUGGAUCAGCUAUUUUAGAGCAAGAGUUCCUGGAAGAAACGAAAGGAAGGGGUUUGCUAGCGAGUUGGUGUCCACAGAAGCAAGUGCUGGAUCAUCCAUCGGUCGGAGGGUUUCUAACACACAAUGGAUGGAAUUCUACGUUGGAGAGUAUUCAUAGCGGUGUUCCGAUGCUGUGCUGGCCUUUCUUUGCGGAUCAACAGACGAAUAGCCGAUUUGUGUGCACUGUUUGGGGGAAUGGAAUGGAGAUUGAUAAUGAAGUGGUCAAGAGAGAAAAAGUGGAGGGUGCUAUUAAGGAAUUGAUGGAAGGGGAGAAAGGAAAGGAAAUGAGGCAGAAUGCAAUGAAAUGGAAGAAGAAAGCUAGGAAAGCUACUGAAGUUGGAGGGCCUUCUUACAUUAGCUUUGAUAGAUUGGUGAAUGAUAUGUUAGUUAUGAAACGUUAGGUAUUUGCUUCUUCUUCUUUUUUCUUUUUCAUUUUUUUAAAAUGGCCUGUUUAACAUGUGUGGCCCACCUUUUAGAACUACGACCUAUAUCGAAUAAAGCCAUGGGCUAAGAAACCUCGCUUGGGCCACCUUUUCCUUGUGAUUGUUAUAAGAGCUUUGCUGUUCGCUCUAGAUCAGAUUGGGGUUGGGGAGGCUGCCUUUCCGUCUGAUGUAUAUGUGUGCCCCACCUGAUGAACGGCUAAGCCUAUUUUUUAACAUGUGGAAGUUAAUUGUAGAGCCCACCUGGUGAACGGCCCUGAUUUUGCUUGUGUA